AUGUACAUGCAUUUUAAGUCUCUUACAAAUAUAACCAUUCUGGAGAAACUUGAGAAGUCUAUGGAAGAAAGGGGAAAGAUGAUACUUCAGUGUUUCCGUCAAAAGCCAGGAGGGACGAAUGAGAUGCAGCGCAUACUUAUGAAGUAUGAUGACAGUGGAGCAUCCUCUUUUAUCCCAUGUGUCAUCCUUCUGAUUCUGUCACACUUUAAGGAAAAACCUGAAGCACUCAUUCUUCAGACAGAUGUGUCAGCAACAGUGGCGGACGUGGAAAAUAAUUUUACACUUCCAGACUCUCCGAGACUGAUCGUCUUAGGUGAAAUUCUCACUGCAACUCAGUGGAUGCUGAGUAUUGAGGGCCAAGUGGUCGUGAAUCCACACCCCAACUUUGUGGCAGGAUUUGCUGCUUUGUUUGCAUCAUACUACAUCUUCAAUCUGGUGUAUCAGCAUGAGGCAUCCUGCACACUUGAGUUUAUCCAGAGAUGUUUUGUUGGAAUCAACCCACACACCGGCACCAAGACAGGCACAUCAAAGGUUGGAGCAAAAAAAAGUGGGAAGGUCUCCGAGAAGAGGAACAACACAGUCAAUCCUCAUGUGUGUUCUCUUCUCAGAAGGCUAAUGGACUUUGAGUGGUUAAGCAUUGUGAGGUUGGUGGACGGUGGAAGUCGCUGUGCUGGGAGAGUGGAGGUUCAUCAGGAGGAACAGUGGGGAACAGUAUGUGGUUAUGACUGGGAUAUGAACGAUGCUGCAGUGGUGUGUAGAGAGCUGCGCUGUGGGGAGGCUGUAAAUGCACCUCAGUAUGGUCACUUUAGACCAGGAUCAGGACCAAUCUGGAUGGUUGGUGUGGGCUGUAGUGGAUCAGAGUCGACACUGAAAAGCUGUGGGUCAGCUGGUAGAGGGGAACGUUAUGGCUGUCAUCAUGGUCUUGAUGCUGGAGUCACCUGCUCAGGUAAAAAUGUGAGACUUAGUGCUGGUCCUCACCAGUGCUCUGGGAGAGUGGAGGUGCUUCAUGGAGGUCCCUGGUCUACAGUGUGUGAUACAGACUUUGACCAGCAGGAUGCAAAAUUUGUGUGUCGAGAGCUGGGCUGUGGGAUUCCUGUGAAGGUGCUGGGAUCAGCUGCUUUUGGCCAAGGGGAGGGUCACACAAAGGCGCGGCUGGUAAACGGACCGGACUCCUGUUCUGGUCGAGUGGAGCUCCAGUACCUCAGUGACUGGGGCACAGUUUGUGCUGUAAGCUGGAAUAUGAGAGCUGCAGAUGUUCUCUGUGCACAGCUGCAUUGUGGGAGUGCUGUGGCUGUGGUGGGGGUGGGCUGGUUUGGGGAGGGGAGUGGCCACAUCUGGGCUGAUGUGUUUGAUUGUCAUGGGAAUGAGACACACCUAUCACAGUGUGGCGUCUCAUCAUGGAGUCGAGCUGCAUGCUCUCAUAAACACGAUGCUGGAGUCAUCUGUAAUGGAUCAUCCAUGGCGUUUCAUGAGGGGCGAGUGCGGUUGUCUGGAGGAAGCGAGUGUCAGGGGGAGGUGGAGAUUUAUUUUAGGCAGGACUGGAGGAGAGUUCUCCUGGACUCGUGGAGUCUGUCUGAGGCAUCUGUGCUCUGCAGACAGCUGGGCUGUGGCUCUCUGCUGAACUACCGCUCCUCUCCAUUCACCACUGAACACAAAAACAUGUGUGUAACGGGUUUCAGCUGCUCUGGGAGUGAAGCUCAUCUGGGGAACUGCAGCAGUUUACGACCUGUCAACUGCAGCUCUGGAGAACAGCUGUACAUCACCUGCUCAGACACCAGGUCCAUCAGGCUGGUUGGUUCUAGGGGUGACUGUGCAGGAAGACUGGAGGUUUUCCACAGCGGCUCGUGGGGGACAGUGUGUGAUAACUCGUGGGAUAUUGAGGAUGCACAGGUGGUGUGCAGACAGCUGCAGUGUGGAGUGGCCCUCAAUACUUACAUACAAGCCUUGUUUCGUCCUGGAACUGGGUCCAUAUGGCUGAAUGAGGUGGAGUGUGAGGGGAACGAGACGUCCCUAUGGAACUGCAGAUCUCAGCUGAGUGAAGAGGGGGAAUGUGGACACCAGGAGGAUGUUGGAGUUGUCUGCUCAGAGUUUAAAGAGAUGCGACUCACAGAGGGCUGUAAGGGGAAUCUGGAAGUGUUCUACAAUGGAACCUGGGGUAAUGUGUGUUACAAUCAGAUGGAUGAUGAGACAGUAAACAUGGUGUGUCGAGAGCUGAACUGUGGAAGACGUGGCAGUCUGUCAAACACUGAAGCAAGAGUCAAAUCUGCUCCUAACUGGCUGGAUUAUCUGAAGUGUAGGAAACACGACUCUAAUCUGUGGCAGUGUCCAUCUUCACCCUGGGGACAGAACAGAUGUGAUAAUAGUGAAGAAGUGGCUCAUAUUACCUGCACAGGUGGCAGGGGAUAUUCAAACUCACUCUCUCUCUCUCUCUGUCUCUCUCUUUCUGUCUCAGACAGUGUGAGGUUGGUGAAUGGUGGAAGUCGCUGUGCUGGGAGAGUGGAGGUUCUUCAUGAUAAACAGUGGGGAACAGUGUGUGAUGAUGACUGGGAUAUGAAAGAUGCUGCAGUGGUGUGUAGAGAGCUGCGCUGUGGGAAGGCUGUAAAUGUGCAGCAGUUUGGACCAGGAUCAGGACCAAUCUGGAUGGAUGAGAUGAGCUGCAGUGGAUCAGAGUCGACACUGAAGAGCUGUAGGUCAGCAGGCUGGGGAUUGAGUGACUGUGGUCAUAAUGAAGAUGCUGGAGUCACCUGCUCAGAUCACAGAAUGUCAAGACUCAGUGCUGGUCCUCAUCAGUGCUCUGGGAGAGUGGAGGUGCUUCAUGGAGGUUCCUGGUCCACAAUGUGUGAUGCUGACUUUGACCAGCAGGAUGCAGAGGUUGUGUGUCGAGAGCUGGGCUGUGGGAUUCCUGUGAAGCUGCUGGGAUCAGCUGCUUUUGGCCGAGGGGAGGGUCAGGUGUGGACAGAGGAGCUUCAGUGUAGAGGAAAUGAAUCUGACAUUACCUUCUGUCCAACAUCAUCUUCACUCAAACACUCACACUGCUCCCAUGACAACGAUGUGGGAUUAAUAUGUCACACAGAGGCGCGGCUGGUGAAUGGACUGGACUCCUGUUCUGGUCGAGUGGAGCUCCAGUACCUCAGUGACUGGGGCACAGUUUGUGCUGUAAGCUGGAAUAUGAGAGCUGCAGAUGUUCUCUGUGCACAGCUGGAUUGUGGGAGUGCUGUGGCUGUAGUGGGGGUGGACUGGUUUGGGGAGGGGAGUGGCCACAUCUGGGCUGAUGUGUUUGAUUGUCAGGGGAAUGAGACACACCUAUCACAAUGUGGCAUCUCAUCAUGGAGUCGAGCUGCAUGCUCUCAUAAACACGAUGCUGGAGUCAUCUGUAAUGGAUCAUCCAUGGCGUUUCAUGAGGGACGAGUCCGUUUGUCUGGAGGGAGCGAGUGUCAGGGGGAGGUGGAGAUUUAUUUCAGGCAGGACUGGAGGAGAGUUCUCCUGGACUCAUGGAGUCUGUCUGAGGCGUCUGUGCUCUGCAGACAGCUGGGCUGUGGCUCUGUGCUGAACUACCGCUCCUCUCCAUCCACCACUGAACACAAACACAUGUGUGUAACGGGUUUCAGCUGCUCUGGGAGUGCAGCUCAUCUGGGGAACUGCAGCAGUGCACAACCUGUCAACUGCAGCACCAGGAAACAGCUGUACAUCACCUGCUUAGACACCAGAUCCAUCAGGCUGGUUGGUUCUAGGGGUGACUGUGCAGGAAGACUGGAGGUUUUCCACAGCGGCUCGUGGGGGACAGUGUGUGAUAACUCGUGGGAUAUUGAGGAUGCGCAGGUGGUGUGCAGACAGCUGCAGUGUGGAGUGGCCCUCAAUACUCACAUACAAGCCUUGUUUCGUCCUGGAACUGGGUCCAUAUGGCUGAAUGAGGUGGAGUGUGAGGGGAACGAGACGUCCCUGUGGAACUGCAGAUCUCAGCUGAAUGAAGAGGGGGAAUGUGGACACCAGGAGGAUGUUGGAGUUGUCUGCUCAGAGUUUAAAGAGAUGCGACUCACAGAGGGCUGUAAGGGGAAUCUGGAAGUGUUCUACAAUGGAACCUGGGGUAAUGUGUGUUACAAUCAGAUGGAUGAUGAGACAGUAAACAUGGUGUGUCGAGAGCUGAACUGUGGAAGACGUGGCAGUCUGUCAAACACUGAAGCAAGAGUCAAAUCUGCUCCUAACUGGCUGGAUUAUCUGAAGUGUAGGAAACACGACUCUAAUCUGUGGCAGUGUCCAUCUUCACCCUGGGGACAGAACAUAUGUGAUAGUAGUGAUGAAGUGGCUCAAAUUACCUGCACAGGUGGCAGGGGAGUCAGUUCAGCCUCUUCUGACAGUGUGAGGUUGGUGAAUGGUGGAAGUCGCUGUGCUGGGAGAGUGGAGGUUCUUCAUGAUGAACAGUGGGGAACAGUGUGUGAUGAUGACUGGGAUAUGAAAGAUGCUGCAGUGGUGUGUAGAGAGCUGUGCUGUGGGGAGGCUGUAAAUGUGCAGCAUGAGGCUGACUUUGGACCAGGAUCAGGACCAAUCUGGAUGGAUGAGGUGAGCUGCAGUGGAUCAGAGUCGACACUGAAGAGCUGUAGGUCAGCAGGCUGGGGAUUGAGUGACUGUGGUCAUAAUGAAGAUGCUGGAGUCACCUGCUCAGAUCACAGAAUGUCAAGACUCAGUGCUGGUCCUCAUCAGUGCUCUGGGAGAGUGGAGAUGCUUCAUGGAGGUUCCUGGUUCACAGUGUGUGAUGCUGACUUUGACCAGCAGGAUGCAGAGGUUGUGUGUCGAGAGCUGGGCUGUGGGAUUCCUGUGAAGCUGCUGGGAUCAGCUGCUUUUGGCCAAGGGGAGGGUCAGGUGUGGACAGAGGAGCUUCAGUGUAGAGGAAAUGAAUCUGACAUUACUUUCUGUCCAACAUCAUCUUCACUCAAACACUCACACUGCUCCCAUGACAACGAUGUGGGAUUAAUAUGUUCUGGUCACACAGAGGCGCGGCUGGUGAAUGGACUGGACUCCUGUUCUGGUCGAGUGGAGCUCCAGUACCUCAGUGACUGGGGCACAGUUUGUGCUGUAAGCUGGAAUAUGAGAGCUGCAGAUGUUCUCUGUGCACAGCUGGAUUGUGGGAGUGCUGUUGCUGUGGUGGGGGUGGACUGGUUUGGGGAGGGGAGUGGCCACAUCUGGGCUGAUGUGUUUGAUUGUCAGGGGAAUGAGACACACCUAUCACAAUGUGGCAUCUCAUCAUGGAGUCGAGCUGCAUGCUCUCAUAAACACGAUGCUGGAGUCAUCUGUAAUGGAUCUUCCAUGGCGUUUCAUGAGGGACGAGUCCGUUUGUCUGGAGGAAGCGAGUGUCAGGGUGAGGUGGAGAUUCAUUUCAGGCAGGACUGGAGGAGAGUUCUCCUGGACUCAUGGAGUCUGUCUGAGGCGUCUGUGCUCUGCAGACAGCUGGGCUGUGGCUCUGUGCUAAACUACCGCUCCUCUCCAUCCACCACUGAACACAAUCACAUGUGUGUAACGGGUUUCAGCUGCUCUGGGAGUGAAGCUCAUCUGGGGAACUGCAGCAGUGCACAACCUGUCAACUGCAGCACCAGGAAACAGCUGUACAUCACCUGCUUAGGCCAAAUAUCCAUCAGGCUGGUUGGUUCUGGGGAUGACUGUGCAGGAAGACUGGAGGUUUUCCACAGCGGCUCGUGGGGGACAGUGUGUGAUAACUCGUGGGAUAUUGAGGAUGCACAGGUGGUGUGUAGACAGCUGCAGUGUGGAGUGGCCCUCAGUACCCACAUACCAGCCUGGUUUGGUCCUGGAACUGGGUCCAUAUGGCUGAAUGAGGUGGAGUGUGGGGGGAACGAGACGUCCCUGUGGAACUGCAAAUCUCAGCUGUGUGAAGAGGGGGAAUGUGGACACCAGGAGGACGUAGGAAUCGUGUGCUCAGAGUUUAAAGAGAUGCGACUCACAGAGGGCUGUAAGGGUAAUCUGGAAGUGUUCUACAAUGGAACCUGGGGUAAUGUGUGUUACAACCAGAUGGAUGAUGAGACAGUAAACAUGGUGUGUCGAGAGCUGAACUGUGGAAGACAUGGCAGUCUAUCAAACACUGAAGCAAGAGUCAAAUCUGCUCCUAACUGGCUGGAUUAUCUGAAGUGUAGGAAACACGACUCUAAUCUGUGGCAGUGUCCAUCUUCACCCUGGGGACAGAACAGAUGUGAUAAUCGUGAUGAAGUGGCUCAUAUUACCUGCACAGGUGGGUGGAAUGAUGAAAUGUCUCUACGUACAGAAGAAAAGUGCUCUUCACUUCCCUUUCAGAAACACUGCUCAAAGCACUGGUCUCUCAGGCUAAGUGGAGGAAAGGGAAGCUGCUCUGGGAGGUUGGAGGUCUAUCAUAAUGCUACGUGGGGCUCCGUUUGUGAUGAUCAGUGGAACAUCAGGAACGCUCAGGUGGUGUGCAGACAGCUGGGCUGUGGCUCGGCGCUGAGUGCUGAUAGGAAUGUUAGCUUUGGUUCUGGUGCAGGGUCUAUCUGGCUGAACAGAGUGAAGUGUCGAGGAGAUGAGAUUCACCUGUGGGACUGUCAUCAUUCCCUGAAGAAACACACUGACUGCUCUCAUGCUGGAGUCACCUGUGCAGUGAGGAGCGAUCUUCUGUCUCAGGCGCAGGGGACAAUUCAUCCCCGGCCUGAGCUCUGA